AUGGUCUCUAUGGUUGAGGCCUCUCCCGAUCACAAUGAGAUGGUCAUGGACCCGAUGCCCAAGACUGAACCGAUCCCCGACGGUUCCAUCAGUUCGAUGUCGACGCCAGAUGCCGAGGCCGAACCGUUGACGCAAGAUGCUGCGCAGACUCAGAAACGAAAGGGUGGCCGGAAACCUAUCUACGCAACCUCAGAGGAACGCAAGCAGCGCAACAGACAGGCGCAGGCAGCCUUCCGGGAGCGACGGACCGAGUACAUCCGCCAACUAGAGACGACCAUCAAACGCAAUGAGGAUUCGCUGCAGAGCCUGCAGCAGAGCCACCGCAGCGCAGCCGAUGAAUGUCUGAUGCUGCGGUAUAAGAACUCGCUGCUGGAACGCAUCCUGCUGGAAAAGGGCAUCGAUGUGCAGGCCGAGCUGCGCUUGAAGACAGGGGCGCCGGGCGCCCCGACCAAGUCCACCCCCAUGGCCUCGACCAAACCUGCAGCAGCGGGCGGUGCAGCCGGCUCCCGCUCCGCUCAACGACACCCCACGGGCAUCGCCUCCAAGCCCGAGGCCUUCGGCAUAUCGCAGCGCGAUGCCGCAUAUGGCAUGCCCUCGCCUCAGUUCCAGGCCACCCCGUCCUCCCAUGUCUCCUCGCCCUCUCACACCAAGUCGCCCGGCUUUGCCUUCCAGGGCGCCAUGUCCCCCGAGACCCAAGGCUCCGGCAGCCGCCCGCAGCUUCUGCCGCAGCCUCGCACAUUUGGGCAGACGUCACCGCCCGCCAUUAGCAUGCCGCAGACUGAGCCGGCGGAUCCCAAAUCCCGUGCCAUGGGGCCCAGGGGUGGGCGGGUUGCCGCAGCGUAUUACCCGUCGCCUUUCCAGAAGCAUUACGACCAACUCGAAACCGAAUAUGAUGCUCAAGCAGAUCUCGUGGACGAGGACCACGAGGGCUCUGUCAAUACCCCCUAUGUACCUGGUUUCACACCACAGUCCGUCACUCCAGGCUCUCACUCUCUGUCAGGCUUCAACCCCCCACCGGGCGAUGGAGCCUCGGGGGAUUUUGGAAACACGAGCCAUCUGCUGGGUCAGUAUGAGCCGAUGCUAGAUGCGGAUCCUUUUGGAUUGAGUGCCAGCAUGCAUUUCCCGACGCCAUUCAACUACGAACAGAACAAUUCCCGGCACUAA